GCGAUUCCCGGCUCCAGCCCCUUCCCCGUGCCUCCCUCCCCGGAGCCUCCCUGGCGGUCCCGGCCGCCGCCGUACGGCCCCGCGCGGCGCGAGCAGCUACCGAGGGGCCAAGGGAUGAGCUGGGGUCCGCCUUCCCAAUGGCAUCUCCCCCUGGUCUGGAGCUGAAGACACUGAGCAAUGGGCCCCAGGCCCCAAGGAGACCAGCAUCUCUGGGUCCAGCAGCCCCACCCAGGGAGGGUGUGGAGAACGCCUGCUUCUCUUCCGAGGAGCACGAGACCCAUUUCCAGAACCCUGGGGACGCCAGGCCAGGCCGCUCCCCCAGCCCUCCUGGGGGCCUUGGCCCCUCACGGCCCCGAUCCCAGAGAGACCAGAGAGACGACGUGUCCCUGCAUUCAGAGGAGGGGCCAGGCCUGGAGCCUGUGAGCCGCCCGGUGGAUUACGGCUUCGUUUCCGCUCUGGUUUUCCUGGUGAGCGGGAUCCUCCUGGUGGUGACUGCGUACGCCAUCCCCCGCGAGGCUCGCGUCAACCCGGACACAGUGUCAGCGCGGGAGAUGGAACGGCUGGAGAUGUACUAUGCACGCCUGGGCUCGCACCUGGACAAGUGCAUCAUCGCGGGCCUGGGGCUGCUCACGGUGGGCGGCAUGCUCUUGUCCGUGCUGCUGAUGGUCUCCCUGUGCAAGGGCGAGCUGUACCGCCGGCCCACCUUCGUCCCGGGCAGGGGCUCCAGGAAGACCUACGGCUCUAUCAACCUGCGCAUGAGACAGCUCCAUGGGGACGGGGGCCAGGCCCUGGUGGAGAACGAAGUCGUCCAGGUCUCAGAGACCAGCCACGCCCUCCAGGGGUCUUAAAGGAGCAGCAAGUGAUCAAAAGAGG